CUCCGGUCACCGGUCGUCACUUACAGUUGAAGCUUCACGCCGUGCGGAGGUGUGCUGUGCUCGCCACCGGUUGUUCCAUUUGCCGGUCGGACAUUAGCUUGCAUAGAGAAAGAGCGAGAGAGAGAGAGAGAGAGAGAGAGUGGAAGGUUGCGAGAAUUUAUCCUCGAAUAAUUAUCUCACCGGGACCGCGAGUGAUCUGACGAAGAGAUGAUGGUAUUUCUGGGUAGCAUUAUGUGAAGCUGCUGCUCGCACCUUUUGAUCGACGUUACCGCACAUAAAGCGCAUUGGCCAAAGGAAAAAUAAUUGCCACGUACACGAUCCCUCGCCCAUCUGUUUCUCGCAUCGAUCGAGGUUUAUAUGAGUGGGGAAGACGCCGUGCACUCGAUCGCUUGCCAGCCGUGGCGAGAAAAGUGUUCAAUGAAACAAGGAAAAACGGUGAUCGGUGCCACCACGCUACACCACACAAUCAUCGCGAAACAUAAAGUGGUGGAAUAGUGUAAUCGUGGACGACCCACUACGGGCACACGAUUAUCAAGUAAAGUGUCUGUCCCCGUGUGGUUGUGGCUGUGUAUACAGUGAAGUUAUAUGCGUAAACCGGGAAAAUGAUGCCCAAAUUGUCAAACCGCUUAUCGCCCAACUCCGACCAGCGCCGCUGCCAUUGGUUGCCGAGGGAAGAGAUGGCACAGGGAACGUUACGUCUCGGAUAGACCAGUACGGAGCGCCGGGGUCAGAUGAAAAAUUCAUUAUUUUCUCAAGACCAGCUCAGCGAUCAUCAUCCAUCUGGUUGUUCGGUUUCUUCGGUCUAGAGGCAGACCAUGCUCCGUUGCGUUGUGUGUAACGAAAACUGUGCAUCAAGUGGCGACGAUUAACACGCGGAGUAGGCUAUGUGGUGCGGACUCGCGACAACUCCUUUCCGAAUGCGGGCACACCCCCCGGGGGCCUGACAUAAAAAUCCAAAAACCAUUCGACCGGAAACAGUGAGUGAGAGUUUUUGGGCCCACUGCGGGCGCUAGUGGUGUGGUGGCUGCUGAAUUUAGGAGAUCUACUCCAGUGCAAGUGAUUUUGUUUUUGUCAAGCGAAGAGUAAAGUUGAGCUACGGAGCCAUCCGAGAUAUUCAUAUUAUUCGGUCUGGCGGUUGCGCAGCGUAAAGAAAAACGGGUGUCGUUGGUUCGUGAAAAAUUGCCGAUGUCAUUAAAUUUGGCCACUACUAGCAGCGGCCAGUGAAAAUUGUACGAGAUCUACCGAGAGAGAAAAAAAACAAUCGAAUCGACGAAUCCGACCAUGGAGGGAGAUAUGAAUAGUUUUCUCUUUGGCCAAGAUUGGCCGGCAGAUGAUUUUAUGGAAAAUCUGCUGAAGAUGAACGUCCCACCGAUCUUCGGUGACGGGACGGUCACGGGCGACGGCGGUGGUCCAGAUGAGCUGGACGAUUUCAUGAGCCGGCUCAGCUAUAGCUAUCCAACGGGGACCGAUCUCGGUGAUCAACCGAUCAUGUCCCCACUGUCGUCUCACUCCGGAUCGGACCAGGAGUUUCACGGUUUCCCGAGUGUAACCGGAAGCAGCAGUGGCACCUCCUUCGAUGGUUUCGAUGAUAGUGGUACCGUCAUGCACGUUGCACCCAAAUCCGAGUUGGACCAGGAUUUCGGCAUGCUGGACAUGCUGAUCUCUUCCGAUCAACCCCUAUCAUCAGCCGCCUCCGAUAGCGGACUGUCUAGUGACCAUCUGGAUUUGGACCCAAACACCGAAUACGACGUUCUAAGCCCCGCACUUUCAUCGCCCGGUCCAUCCAUAAGCGAGCGUGGCGGUCAGAACUCGCCAUCGCACUACGCGAGUUCAAUAGAAAUGCAGCAACCGGUUUCGAUGCAAUCACAUUCAGCGGCUACACUUUCUCAUGCACCGGUCGUUGUCCAGUCACUUACUCCGCAAAAAUCAACCCCGGUGCAGAUUCAGACCGUUCCACAACAAGGAGUUCCGGCUCGUACCAUUACUCUGACAAAACCGCAAACUAACAAAACCGUAACGGCCGUGAACGUCGCCCCGACAACAGCGACAUCAGCUAAAUUGCAACAACCGCUGGUUGGUGUCAAAACCCUUAUCAGCAACGGCGGGGGAACUAAGAAGAUUCUUCAGAACAGUUCUACACCAGUCGGCCAGCAGCUCGUUGGUGGCACCGGAAAAGAAUUCAGAAUCAUUCGAAUGGCCACGAUGAAGAAUGGGCAGACGGUAGCGGUAACGAACGGGCUUACGCCGGUUUCUUCAACUAACACGGCCGCUAUGUCCAACAAGAAAAUUACUCUCCAAGUAAAGAACGCAACAAGCACGACGGGAGCUACGGUCGGCCCGAAAGGAACCACCGGAACGGUUCUUUCGAAAAAUGUAGUUGUUACGUCGGCGGGCGCCUCUACCGGGUCAUCCAAUGUUUCCGGUGUGCGGAAGAUCAUUCGAAUGCAACAACAAACGAACCAAAAUGGCCGCUCGAUAUUGCUUCCCCUUUCGAUACAGGAUCUUCGUUCGAUUAAGAUUGUUAACACAAACAAUAUGAAGAGCAAACCGGCAAACAUUAAACUGGCGGCCGCCAGCUUGCUACAACGCUCCAAGCAGGGGCUGGUGCAGGGUAAUAUAGUUCUGACCAAGGAGCAGCUGUUUGCGGAGGGAGAUGGUGGACUGUCAGAUGCGGCUCCCAGUAGUUCGUCGGAUUCGGAGAGCUAUGUGUUUGACGAUAUCAUACAGCAGAGCAACUCGAUGAUAGCCGAGGCAGAGCGACACAUCAUCAGCGAUUCGGACGUUGAGCCAGAUGGUGAUGACAUCGCGGAUGAUGAUGAUGACGAUGGAGAGCUGGAUGAAAUCGGUAAAGGCCGGAACCGGAAUGGCACCUACCAGAAGCUCGUACUAACGAACGAGGAGAAGAGGCUGCUAGCCAAGGAGGGUAUCUCGCUACCGACGAGCUACCCGCUAACAAAGCAUGAGGAGCGCGAGCUGAAGCGAAUCCGACGCAAGAUUCGUAACAAAAUCUCGGCCCAGGAUUCCCGCAAACGCAAGAAGGAGUACGUCGAUGGACUAGAGGAACGCGUUAAGCAGUGCACGGAAGAGAACCAGAAUCUUGUGAAACGGAUCAAGAUUCUGCAAAGCCAGAAUCAUGAUUUGAUCAGCCAGAUGAAGCGCAUCCAGUCGCUGUUGACGAAGGGUACGAGCAAAACGACACAGCCGGCCACCUGCCUGAUGGUGCUGCUGAUCAGCAUGGCGCUCGUAGCCGUACCGAACCUGAAGCUCGGAAACACGACGACCCAGCAAAAUAUUCAGGAUUCCAUCGAGAUGUCGGAGCUGAUGCAGGAACCAGCCAACGAUAAGCUGCAGGUGACAGCGGCGGCCGCGGCAACACAGUCAAACCGUCGCUCCCUGCUGUUCGAUACCAAGGAGUCAGCCGAUGAGGAGCUGAAUUUCGAGGAAAUCAUGUCAUCCUUCAAUGCGAACUCGCUGAUUGCCAACGAGCACGACUACUUCACUGAGAUGGACAGUCGCCAGAUGCACGAGCAACAGCCGUUGGCCAAGCGACCAAAGCUCGCCACACCGACGCUCAUCGAGUACGAUGUAGAUGAUGACCUGUGGAACGGAGGAAGCAAUACGCGCAUUAAGCAGGAACCACCGAGUAACGGUGGCCACUGUGUGGAUGCUGCAGAGUUGUUUCAGCAAAAGUUCCGCGAGUUCCAGGAUGUACUGCAUCGAUCGACGCUGGAAGAAAGCUUCUCGGUUGAUGCUUCAGUAAAGGCGGAGACUGUUAAGUCGCCCACCAGCGAGCUGAUCGUUGAUCGUGAUCUGCUCGAUCUCGUUGCCACUAAGAAUAACGGGUUGCUGGAAUUAAACAUGGACACCUAUUCGAACGUCCUGGCGGAAAAUGACUACGUGGUGCCCGGCGGAAUCAAUCUGCUUGCAAUGUCUCCUUCGGCCAAUGGCGGCGACAACGAUGCCGGACACGAUGGUUCGGAUGUUCCGAAAUUGAACGCCUCUCAACAGAUCCAGCAGCAGCAAAACAACAAACGCAAGCUGCUGCUGUAAGUGAGUUUCUAAAGAGUUUGAAAGAGAGAGAGGAGUUCGAAACAAACGAAUAACACACCACAGGCUGUUAGAAACGCUUCGCGUCCAUCGAGAGCAUCGUACUAGAGCAGGAUUCACUCUUGGACGGAAGGAAUAUUUGUAGAUAUUGGGUGGUUCAACGAUAGUCCCGCUAAUUUUUAAGACAUAAAGUAAGUCAGAGACAAACCCCAUUUUGGAUCAUGAUAAGUCGUAAAAUCUUUCCCUGUUACGAUAAGCAAGGGAGUGUCGGAGGGCUCGCUGCUAAAGAUGCAUUUUUCUCACGUUUAUAUGCGUUGGAAACCAACCAGAAUUUGCUAUAAAGGACCUUCCGACGGAAGUUGGAUGGGUUCACCUCGUAGCUCGGACCGCACGAUCGCUGAUCAGUCGGUUGUUUCGGGCGUUAAGUGUUAUAUCUAUUGUAUCGUUUAACGUCCGGUUCGUGGUUCGUUAUACGUGUUUUGUUGUAAGAAUUCUUUAAACAUUCAAGUAUUGUAACGCAUAUGUAGGCAGAUGCUUCGUCUUCCUUCCUAUUGGCUUAAGCUGUCGCUGUUUCCAUUAAUUGGUGCUUACCCCCUCAUCACGCACGCUGUACGUGCUCUUGAACUUUCUGUUAUCGCUCAUUACGUUUGUCUUAGCGACUAUGUUAAUACUAUAUAUUAUAUUUAUAAGCUUAUUGAGAUGAGCUUUUAAUGUGCAAUUUAUGUUUUUCGACAAUAUUUUUACGUUUCGUUUUCAACCGACCAUCAAACGACAACAUUUUUAGGCGUAAACACCGGGAAGAUAUUUUUCCCUCUUUUCCCCAAUUCUCUUUCGACCUCGUGACGUGCACUAUACUAGAUGUUUUUUUUUUCAUUAUCGAUCGUUGCAUAGUCCAGCACCGUGUAUCUACUAAUACCGCUAGCGAUAACUUGUUAUAUAAAGCACUGUGUUGGGAAUCUAGGAUGGUUGGAUGGUUAGUUUGGUCGUCAUAAUUAAGUGACUGCACCAUUACGCACCAGCAUUGCAUUAGCUUAUCCUGCAGCAAAACGUUCUUUACUGUAUCUCCAUUCAUCUAUAGGCGUAUUCGUUUGACUUGAAUGGAACAUAAUGCUUAAAGCCUUUUGCUCCUGUAAUGCUAUUCGAUGGUCCACGCUAAGGAUAGCGUCUCACUAUUAAACAAGUGCAUAUUAUCAAGCUAGUAAUUAUAUCAGCCAACCAACAUCUUUCUAGUAUAUCUAAAUGAUAAUAAAAACUGUUGU